ACCUUUCUAUACCCAUCUUGGCCCAGGUUGUCAUUGUGGUUCGCUUCAUUCUCGGAAAAAAUCACACUCAUACUGAUUGAGCAGUGGUUACAGAAGGAAGAAUUGUAGUGUUAGCGAAAACCGUAAUAAUUUCACAUAAAUAAUUCUUUUACGCGUUCCUCGAGCAAAAUGCCUCUACCCGGAUGCUUUUCGAAUGCAGUCGAACCGAUGCAGGUGGAUGUGCAGCCGGAAGAUAACGAAAACAAUGAGGAGGAUAUGUACGUGGUCGAAAACCCAUCGAUAGAUCUGGAACAAGUUGCCAACCAGUACACGGGGUUGGCUAAACUGCACCGGCUCAUCUACGUCUCGGACCACUGCCCGACGCUGCGCCUCGAAGCACUCCGGAUGGCAAUAAACUACAUUACGACCACGUACAAUGUGACGCUGUAUCAGCAUUUGCACAAGAAGCUGGCCGACAAUGUGAGCAAUCAGUUUCUGCCCGAUGUUGCCUCCCAGUCGACCGGUUCGCAAGAGAUACCGUCCUUCGAUGCGACCUGGGUUGAGUCGAAGAGCAAAAAAUCCGCACUAAAGCUGGAGAAGUUAGACUGCGAUCUGAAGAAUUAUAAAGCUAACUCAAUCAAGGAGAGCAUCCGGCGGGGUCAUGAUGAUCUGGGCGAUCACUAUCUGAACUGUGGCGAUCUGUCGAAUGCGCUCAAGUGUUACUCGCGAGCUCGGGACUACUGUACUAGCGGCAAGCAUGUAGUAAACAUGUGCCUGAACGUGAUCAAAGUGUCGAUCUACCUGCAGAACUGGUCCCACGUGCUCAGCUACGUUUCGAAAGCGGAAGGGACUACCGAGAUUUCCGAAACGUCCAAGGAUAAGGAUCCGAACCAGGUUGUGAUAACGCGGCUUAAGUGUGCCGCCGGAUUGGCUGAGCUGGCAACGCGCAAGUACAAGUCCGCAGCUAAACACUUUCUGCAGGCAAACUUUGACCACUGCGAGUUCCCGGAGAUGAUUUCGACGAACAAUGUGGCCAUGUACGGUGGAUUGUGUGCGCUGGCCACAUUCGACCGGCAGGAACUGAAACAGGUGAUUGCAAGCAGCUCGUUUAAGCUGUUUCUCGAGCUGGAACCACAGCUGCGCGAUAUCAUAUUUAAGUUCUACGAGUCAAAGUACGAUUCGUGCCUGAAGCUGCUGGACGAGAUUAAGGAUAAUCUGCUGCUGGACAUGUACAUUGCACCGCACGUAAAUGCACUCUACACGCAGAUCCGCAACCGGGCACUGGUACAGUACUUUAGCCCUUACAUGUCCGCCGACAUGCGCAAAAUGGCCACGGCCUUCAAUCGAUCGGUGGCAGCGCUGGAGAAUGAAAUAAUGCAGCUGAUACUGGACGGACAGAUACAGGCGCGCAUUGAUUCGCACAACAAAAUACUUUACGCGAAGGAUGCCGACCAUAGGAGCGCCACGUUCGAGAAGGCAAUCAACGUCGGUAAGGAAUUUCAACGGCGUACGCGAAUGUUUAUCCUGCGAGCGGCUAUCCUACGACGUCACAUUCAUGUGAAGAAUCAGCCACGGGAAAAUAGUAACCAUGUGACGGAAAUUUGCGUCCCGGCGAGUGGUUCGUCGAGCGGUACCCUGGCGCGCAAUUGAUUGAAUCUAGCCGAGGAAGAGUUUUUCGUUCGCUUCAAAAGAAAAUCCAAAUAAAACGUCUAAAUGCCCGAGGUCCAGUAUACACACACACACUUCCCGCGAUGAUGCGCUGAAACCGGAAGUUGGGUUUGGCCGUGAAGCGGUACAACGCUUCAGAAGCCGUAAAGAAACGUUCAAACGUAACAAGAGCAGAUAAGUUUGGAAACACUGGAAUAAUCGCUUUUCAAGCAAAAAGCUACAUUGCUGUGGCGUAUGUUUUGUCGUCAAUUUGUUUGUCGCAUGUAUUAUAUACCGGAACACGUGGAUCAUUUAUCCAGUGCGCUAUAUCCACCAACGAGAUAUUAUGGGCUUCGAUUACGGCGCACAGGUUCCGUUUCGGAAGAAAUCAAUGAAAUCAUUUUAAUUCUGUGUGGAUCCUAUUUAUACGAUAUGUUGAGCGAAGUUUUGAAAUUUUCCAAUAAACAAAAUUAAUUCUAAA